UUUCACAUUGAUAUAACCAUGAAGACAAGAUCUACUAUCCGCGAAUGCGGCGUUCAAAUUUGGGGCGCUUCACUCUACCUCUCCGAUUGGAUUCUGAGCAAACUGUCUCAGUUUCAAGAUGCAGUUGUGAUGGAGUUGGGAGCUGGGGUUGGGCUACCUGGAGUUGUUGUUGCUCGUGUUUGCCGUCGUGUCUUCUUGACAGACUACGAAGACAAGUCGUUGAGGAACUGUUUGAGGAAUGUCAUGCUGAAUGACAAGCGGGGAGUCUGUUCUGUCCGUAAGCUUGAUUGGAGCGAUGAGUUCCCAAUCAAGAAGGAUGAAGUCAAACAACAAUCAGAGUUCGAUUGGACGGAAAAAGAGCUGAUGGAACUUAAAAGCUGCAAUUACCUGCUGGCUGCUGAUGUCAUUUACUCCAACGAGCUGACAACCUCCUUCCUCAACAAGGUUGUGCAAAUUCUGAGCAUCUGCAGAGAAGACGCAAAAUUGAUAAUGACGAUCGAGAAAAGAUACAACUUCACCCUCCCUGAACUUUGCACAACAUGCAGAGAGUACGAUUUCUUCUUUUCUCAUGUUCAAGUGGAAGGUGCUGGGAGAGAAGAAACAUGUAUAGGCAGUGCUAAAACUUUUCUGUUGCGCGGGAAGAAGCUAGGGAGUGACUUCGAGAAGAGAUUGAAAGAAUACGAUAGGUCUGAUGAGAUGGAAUUAUGGGAAUUGAUUCGAAUCCCAACAUGA